AUGGAAAGUUGUAAUUCGCGUCACAUCAUCGCUUUACGUAGUGGCAUUUCUGGCCAGUUCCGUCACUAUUAUUCUGACCAUCUGGAGCGAAGUUUCCGGCAUGUUCAUAUACAACUUCCGAGUAAAGCAAAAAACAGUAGAAAUAUCGCUAUGGCAAAGGGGAAUUUUUGGAGAAAAAACAACAGAGCAGCUGAGGUACAAAAAAUAAAUAAUUCCAGUAGCCAGCAUAAUGCAAAUUCAGUUGCUAAACAGAAACAAAAACAAGCAAUGUCUGUUGAUGGCGCCAUGAUAUAUCUCGCUUGUAAAUUAUCAAAAUACAGCCUCUUCAGAAGUAGAACUGCAUAA